UGAACUAAAAUAAACGGUGUCUCUUGACCUCAUCCCUUCAGAGCUGUAGAAAUGGCAAACCCCAGAGUUUUCUUUGACAUCGCGGAUGAUGGGAAACCAGCUGGCAGGAUCGUAAUGGAGCUGCGAGCUGAUGUGGUCCCAAAGACUGCAGAAAAUUUCCGGGCCUUGUGCACCGGUGAGAAAGGGUUUGGUUACAAAAACUCCACCUUCCACCGUAUUAUCCCCAAAUUCAUGUGCCAGGGUGGAGACUUCACCAGACAUAAUGGAACUGGAGGCAAAUCCAUCUAUGGUGAGAAGUUUGCUGAUGAGAACUUUACGCUGAAGCACACAGAACCAGGGAUCCUGUCCAUGGCGAACGCAGGACCAAACACCAACGGCUCCCAGUUCUUCAUCUGCACGGAAAUUACAAGCUGGCUGGACGGGAAGCACGUGGUGUUCGGCAAAGUUGUGGAGGGCAUGAACGUUGUCAGACAGAUGGAAAAGAAAGGCUCAAAGUCUGGCAAGACAACAACCAAGAUUACCAUUGCUGAUUGUGGUCAGCUAUGAGAAGGGCAGCCGUUUGUCCUGCACUCUGUAAGGUCAACCUUGGUGAAAUACCUUCUUCCUGUUUUAUCUCAUUUCUGCUGUGUUCAGAUUUGUGCUGGGACGUCUUGUAGCUUCUGUGAUCUUUCUUUGGAGGACAACACUUAUUAUGAAAAUCAGCAUAAAUUACACUGGUGUUAACAAUAAAAAGGCUUUAAAAUCCA